AUGCCAGGCGCCGCCACCCUCAGAUCGCGCGCGGCCGCCGCGUGCCUUGCGGUCCUCGUCGCGGCGGCGCUGCUCCACCGCAGGCGCCGCCGGAACCGGGCGCCCUCCUCGUCUCGCCGCCUCGGGGUCGAGGGGCGCCCCCGCCGCGCCUGCGAGGAGGAGGAGAAGCCGCAGGCCCGGUUCAAGCGCGUGCUCGCGGACAACUCCUACUCCCCGUUCAAACACCUGCGCCGCCAGAGUGCUCAGCUGGGAAGUGCAGAAGGCGAGGCACCCGUGCCACCGCCUCAAGGUGCGCGCACUCCUGGAAUCCUGCUCCUGCUUGUGGGGAUCUCGGCAUUGCCGUCGUACUCGUAUGGUUGUUUACUUGUUUUAGGAAUUCCACGGGACCCCUGGUACGUAGAAUCAUCACAAAAAGUUCAUCCAUUUGAGGAGGAAAUCACUUCUUUGCUAAAGAACCCCCCUGGUUUUCAUAGCUUUAUGCUGGGUGACCGGUGCCCAGAAAUGAGUGCUACAUAUAAUUGGGUUGAUACAGAAGCUCAACUGGAACAUUUGGCGAGAUUGUUGGGUGAGGAAAGAGCUUUUGCUGUUGAUACAGAGCAACAUAGCAUUCGAUCUUUCCUAGGAUAUACUGCACUAAUGCAGAUCUCUACCCAGAAUGAAGACUAUCUGAUAGACACAAUAGCAUUGCAUGAUGUGAUGGGCAUUCUACGACCAGUGUUUGCCAAUUCUUCUAUCUGUAAGAUCUUCCAUGGAGCUGACAAUGAUGUUCUUUGGCUUCAAAGAGAUUUUCAUAUUUAUGUUGUGAAUAUGUUUGAUACUGCCAAGGCAUGUGAAAUUCUAUUGAAACCGCAAAAAUCACUGGCAUAUUUGCUUGAAGUAUAUUGUGAAGUGACCACAGACAAGACAAUGCAGCGUGAAGAUUGGAGACUGCGUCCUCUGACUCCAGAAAUGAUUGAGUAUGCUCGCACUGAUGCUCACUAUCUGUUGUACAUUGCAAAUUGUUUGGCAUCAGAGCUCCAUGCAAAAGCCUGUGAUACUUCCAGUGAUAAAAUCAAUUUUUUCUUCGAGGCUAGUCAUCGCUCAACUAUGGUGUGCAUGCAACUGUAUGCAAAAGAAAUUGAAUCUCCUCCUGGAGCUUCCAGUGCAACAUCUAUUCUCUCACGAAAUUUGCAAACUCAUGGGUUCGACUCCAAAAAGUAUAGUGAAGUGAAGGAUCUUGUUUGGAAAUUUUGUGCAUGGAGGGACUUAAUGGCUCGGAUGCAUGAUGAAAGCUUACGAUAUGUUCUGUCUGACCAAGCUAUAGCUGCCCUUGCUGUUAGUCUUCCAAAAGGCCCAACAGAGGUGUUUGCUAUCAUAGCAGAAACUGACCUAAGCAUUUCAAACUGUCAUGAAAUAGCUCAUUCAGCAGCUGAGAAAUACAAGAGGCGAAUAGCAGAAGAAUUUGGAAUACCCCUUUUUGUGCAAAAGAUAAUGAACUCGGGUGAUAUAAGUUUGAUUACCAACACAUCAGUAUCUGAAGAUAAAUUGAAUGGAACAGGUGUCUCCCCAUUGCAGCUGAGGACUGCUGCCAUGGCUCUUCUACGUCAUGGAUCCACUAUGCCGUUGAAGAGAUGUGAAGAGCUAAUGCAGAUUUUAAAAUCAUACUAUGGUGGUAGGGAUGUGACUCCUGAAGACCUCGAGAUGGCAUUACUUGUUGGUAUAAGUCCUCAUGAGCGAAGGCGUCUUGAAAAGAAAAAGGACUAUUCGUUUAGAGCUCAGGAUCAAAAUAUUAUUAGAAAGAGCAGCAGCAAUACCAUCUCAGAAGACAGUGGACAUGGAUCAGAAAAUUGUCAUGCCUUAUCUGAGCGAUUUUCUGAGGAUGGAACUGAGAAUACCAAUCAGCAAGCAAGAGGCGCCUGCACUCCUGGAAACAGCCAUCUCGACAGGGAACUAUCCAUCCGUGACAAUUCUAGCCAGGUCAUUUCCAAGAAUGCUGAGAAGAAGAUUUCCCUGUUGGGUCAUGGGCAUCACGGUAAACAAGUUGUGGAACUUUUGCUUUCCAAUGGCGGGGAGGAAGCUAUUAACCAGUUUUGCCAAAGAUGGAGGCAGAUCUUUGUUGAGGCUGUUCACCCCCGUUAUUUACCUUCUGGCUGGAAUAUUAACCACAGUGGACGGCAGGAUUUCGGUGACUUCAGUGUCUACAAGCCACCAAGGAAAGAUCCUCAAUCUGCAAGGGAUUAG